AACAACAAAAUUACGUCAAAUAAUAGUAAAUUUUUUUUUCUCCUCUCAUAAUAGUAAAAAAACUUUAUGUGAAAAGUAAUGUAAUAAGUGUUUGUGGAGAGAAUUAGGAUUUGAUCAUCAUUUUAUCAAAAAUUUUUGAAAGAAAUUUUCGAUAAUUAAUUGUUUUGAAAGAUAAGCACGCUACAAAAUAAUUAAUUGUGCGUUCGUUGGUGAGUGUUUGUUUUAGCUGAGUGAUGGCCGAAUCGAUUGUCCAAGACUGGUUAUCGGACUAUCAACGAGUACAGGCCCAACCAGAUGAGAUCGAAGCGUUCGCCAAUGAACAUGACACAGAUUCGGAGAUAGCUGAGGCUAUAUUCACAAUAUUCAGUGAACGUCAUAGACAUGAAUCGUUGGUUCAUGAUAUAUGCCAACAAUUGUUGACAUUUUAUCGUAGUUCGGAAAAGGCGUUGCAUAAGUUUCCUUUGCAAUUUAUACCUGUACUCAUUUACACGUACCUGCAUGCAGUCGCGAACGGUGAUAAAAAGGGUGUACGCAGCCUUGAAUCUUUGCUAAUUUGUAUAUACAAUGGAGAAGUGUCUACAGAAGAUGGCGGUCAGAAAAUUGUACAAUUUCGUAUGCCGAUUUUGGCACACGCUUCCGUUUAUCAUGAAGAGAAAAAUUUGCCAAUAACUGAUCUAAAGCGAUGGGAAGAAAAUUGUAAUCGAGAAGUUAAAUGGGGACCGCAUCCAAGUAUUGAAGCUAUAACAUCAUAUAAUCGGUUAAAAAUCAUGACUGCAUUGCUAUUUUGUUAUAAUCAGCAAGUAAGUCAAACACAAAAAUCGGCUUUAAUACAUUUGUGCCGCGUCACGUCACAGCUAGUUAACGAAGGUUUUGCUAGUAAAACUACAUAUGCUCAUCGAGUAUCGUACGGAUCGGAUCAAUCAUUAAUGUCUAAGACAAUGACUCCACGCAUUCCUUUAUCGUCUGCAUUCCUUGUCGAACUCGUGCAUGCUAUUUAUUUUGCCAUGUUUAAUGGUUUCGGUACGGUGGCUAUACAAACACUGGAAGAGAUUCACAAUCGCGCCUGCUUCGAAAUGUACACAGAGUUAAUAUUAAUAACGAGUGCGGUAAGGAAUUCACUCCAUGCUAACCCCUCAGGACAGCCUUCAGAUGGUCCCAUGGGAUUGAGUGUCGCCUUGACGCCAUCAACCAAUACUGUUACCACCGCUGUUUCUAAAUCUAUGAUAACUAAUGCAUCAUUCCGUACGAAAAAGCUGCCGGAUGAUAUACCCAUACAAGUGCAAGACCUUACAGUAUCGCAACCAUCUCACCAAUUGGCCAGCGUAACUGAAGAAACGGCUGAGCAAACUCAAAAAGAGAUUACACAGCAACCGUCACGAAAUUCGUUAAUUCGACCCAGCAUGGAAGGUAUUAAAGCUCAGGCUCAUAAAGCACUUAUAGCCGGUUUUAAAAAGUCAAAAGACAAAGAUAAGGAUAAAGAAGCUAACAAAUCAUCUCAACAAACUCCGGACAAUGUUGCAAUAAACAGCGUCACUAUCGAGCCACCGAAACCUCCGCAACGAAAAUUCGACAAGCAUACGCAACGUAACUCAUUAAUGCAAUUACAAAUGGAAUGUAAUGCUUCGUUGUCGGAAUAUGAGAAAAGUCCCGGACCCAAAGGGAAAAUGUAUGAAACUUUUGAUACUAUGGAAUUGCUGCCAAUGCAAACGCUGCAAAUGGCCAAUGAAAGUGGAAGUGGUAGUUUUAGUAUCGACAGUGAAAUGAACGGCGGUGGCACCGGCACGGGUCGUAUAGCUAGUAACAAUAACAGUACCGCUACAACUACGUCUUUGACCAGCAGUGACCUUUUAACAACAAAAAGUUUUGAAUCCAGUACGGAAUUGCCCCCAAUAAAUGCCGCUAUUGUAAAUGUAAAAACGAACGAUACUCUAGUGGAUUAAUGAGAGGUGAUGGUAACGAUUAACUUCCAGUGGCCUUGGCUACUUAUAUAAAA